UCGGUAACGUUUGUCAGUUUUCACCUGAAUAUAUACCUACCUUUUGUUACCACAGUUAAUUAUAGCUAGACUUUCAUAUUGAAGUUUUGUAAUGGAUGCUUGUUAUCGAGCAUUCGAUAAAGAUGGAGAUGGCUACCUAAACCUGGAAGAAUUCCGUCUGUUGACACGAGCCCUCUUCAGAAAUGAUCGAGGAAAAAUUUAUCAUCUAGACGAGCAAAAGCUGAUAGACAUUUUUAACGUGUUCGAUAUUAAUGGAGAUGGACAGAUCGAUAGAGAGGAGUUCACUUUUUGCUGGAAUCAUUGGAUAAAAAUUAUUGUUAGACCUAUAUCGGCUUUUUUAAUUGUUGACGUACAGAACGACUUUAUUUCUGGAACUCUUAAUAUCAGUAACUGUUCAGCUCAGCAAAAUGGUCUAGAUGUAAUAGAACCAAUAAACAAACUUCUAGAUACCGUCAAGUUCGAUGCAGUAUUUUACUCCCUCGAUUGGCAUCCCAGCGACCACGUGUCGUUCAUAGAAAACAUCAAUGAGAGAAAAAUAGAUCCAAGCAGUCCAGUGACAGCUGAGACAGCGCAAACUUAUGACACUGUCAUAUUUUGUGGAUCUCCUCCGCAAAAACAAAGACUAUGGCCCAGGCAUUGUGUUCAGGAUACUUGGGGCUCUGAAUUACACAAGGAUUUAAGGGUCAUUGAAAAUGCAACAAAAGUGUAUAAAGGUACAAACCCAGACGUAGACUCCUAUUCAGUUUUCUGGGAUAACAAAAAAAUGACAGACACCACUUUGUGCGCUCAGUUGCGCAUGAAAAACGCUACUGAUAUAUAUAUUUGUGGUUUAGCAUAUGAUGUAUGUGUAGGUGCUACAGCAGUAGAUGCCUUGGCAAUAGGAUAUAGAACUAUCCUUUUAGAUGACUGCAGUAGAGGUGUGGAUUUGGCUGAUAUUGAAAAGACCAAGAACACUGUCAUUACGAACAAUGGAGUGAUUGUUAACUCCUCACAAGUUAAAGCAAUGGUGGAAGGUAGAGAUAGACGAUCAGAGUUAGGUUACAAACUUGCUAUGGAGUUAAAGUCUACCCUAAGAGAAAUAAAAUCAUAAAUUAGUUAAAAUAUUUGAAAAAUUUACAUGUUAAGUAGAUUGUCGUUGCUAGUGUUUACUUUUAAAAUUUACUCAUUGUUUUUGCUUGUUAUAGUAAAUGUUUAUUAAUGUU